CGCACCUUAAUAAAGUUAGGUUAGAAAAUCCAAAACAAACUAAACAAAGAUUUCCUUCUUCAAAGAUUUUCCCGAAAAUGAAUAAACCAGAGUUAGAAGGAACUGCCCAUUUACUUGAUGAAUUAGACAAAAAACUUAUGGUCUUGCUCCGAGAUGGUAGGACUCUCAUAGGAUACCUACGAAGCGUAGACCAGUUUGCUAAUUUAGUACUGCACAGGACGAUAGAACGAAUUCACGUGGGCAAAGAAUAUGGGGAUAUACCUAGAGGUGUCUUUAUUGUUCGAGGCGAAAACGUAGUUUUACUAGGCGAGAUUGAUCCCGAUAAAGAAGACAAACUGCCUCUGAAUGAAGUAACUGUAGAUGAUAUUUUGGAUGCACAAAGAAAAGAACAAGAGCUUAAAGUUGAGAAACAAAAACUUAUUACAAAAGCGUUAAAGGAAAGGGGGUUACAGAUAACUGCUGAUUUAGUUCAUGAUGAUUUGUAUUGAACAUGUAUUUAUUCAAAAUAACAAUUUUUUAUAAAUGAUUUUUUAAGUUUAGGGGAUUUUUCUAGAAAUAAAACAACUAAAAUUAUUGUGUAAUUACAUUUUUAUUAUUCGUCUAGUCGCUGUGAGCAGUUUGAUAUAGUAUGUUACAGAUCGCGACCAAUUUAUAUUAACUCUUAACAGUACUUAACAGCUUUAAAUUUAACAAAUGACAUUAUGGAGAUGAGGAUUAUUUUAUCGAAAUUCAAUAAUACAAUAUUUGGUUUGGCUAUAAAAAAAAAACAAAACAAAUGGGCUUUUUCUUGAGGAGUUUUCAGACUAGGCUGAGUAUGUUUUCUGAAAAAUCUAUAACAACAAACAUUUAGGUUUUCAGCCCUUUCAGUGUAUGGGGAUUCUUCCUGAAGAAAAAGCUAUAUUUCGCCCAUAUUAAAAUGUUUUUAUUUCAAUGUGGGCUUGAACGGUACUAGACCAGCACAAGAUGAUUUUUUUUUUCAAUCAAUAUUUCUAUUUUUAUUGGGGCUCGCGCCGGUCUAGUUCCUGUAUUUCGCCCAAAAAAGGGCUACUACAUUAUUUCGAUUCUUAACAAUACAAGUUAAAAUAAUCGCGAUUGUACAGGGUGUUUCGAAAGCCGGUUUUUGUUGUGCUAAAGGAAUAUAUAAGUGUUAAAAAUAAUUGUGCCAGUUAUCAGAUUUUUCUUUUUGCUGAGAUUAUGUAUUAUUUUAGGUUUCUUAUUUAUUAGAAGGGGUUUGAUGAAGAUUCAGAUCAAUAGAUAUUUCCACAGAAUUCAUUUCUCAUUCAAUUUAGAAGUUAUUGGAAACCAUUGAAAAUGCCACAAAACGCUCACCGCUUUUGAUUCGCUCGGCAGUUUAUAUGUAAAUUUACAUUAAAAGUCGGUCAACGUUUUCGGGAACGAGAAUAUCGGCCCGGACGAUUUCAGAACCACUCUGAUUAUGCAGACGUCUGCAUGCAGGAUGUUGUUUGUGGGCAUUUUUAAGAUCUCUCUGUGAUGUCUGGGAAUAGAAGGCUACUGAAAAUUAGAGAGGAAGAUAAGUCAAAGUUUAAAAACUUAAGGGUUUUAUUUUGAAGGGGUAAAUUUGACCCAAAUCUGACAACUAACUCAAUUAUUAAAAGCAAAAAACCUCAAUCAUUAAUUUUUUUCUCUCAAAAAAAUGGCAUUGUUAUUUUUACAAAUACAUUUUAAAUUACCGAAAAAUCACCAUAAUCGUCGGAAUAAUAUAGGUUUUAAAAACAAUCCUAUAAACGUUUAAUCUAAAUAACAAUGUGAAGCCUUUUUGGAGCCAUUUUUUUUUUUAAAUUUAAUUUAAUUUAUAUAGGGUGCAAUUUUGCUACAAUUUAAUAAUAAUUGAUUUGGUAUUAAGUAUAUUUAUUGUUUGUUGUCAAAGCUAAAGAAGUUGAGAAGAUAUAUAAUGUUAACUUGAAAUUAAAACUUUAAUAAUGUAUAUUCCAAGUUUUCUUCAACUCAUUUCAAAAAGUAAUUAUCCUGAAAAUAAUAAAAUAGAUUCCUUCAAGAAAUCCCUAAACAUUAAUAUUUUAAAGUAAAAAAAACAAAUUGUGUCAGUAAUAAUGUCUGAGCCUUGACAACAAACUCAACAUACAAAAACCAUUUUCUCCCAAACAAAAUCAUUGCACAAAAUACAGCCAAGGACAUUAAUAAUUUUAGUAGUACAUGGUAAUUUUUUUUUCGAAAUUCUGGGAUAAUUUUUUGGGAAAAUUUGACACAUUGAUUACUGUAUUAUGAUUAUUCACUUGCGUUUUUCUUCAUAAAAGUACCCUGUUUUAUUUAGUGUUUUUUUUUUUUUAUUGAAACAUUUAACAAAAUCGUGGCACACUAUUUUCAAAUGAUUUUGAUUGGCUUGACUAAUAUAAAUUUGGCACUCGAAGUGUUUUAUUUUCAAAUAGUGUAAAUUUUGAGCCUGAAUAAUACUGUUUUAGGCCAACUCCAAUCAAAAUCUUAUUUUCACAAUAAGAAUAAACAAAUUUCUCACUACUUUAACUUAAAAGACAAUUUUUUUUUUUAGUACCUAUAAAGAAUAAAACACAACAAUUGUCGGGAAGACUUACAUUUUUUUUUUUUCUUAGUUUUUCUUCAUUAAUUUUAAAAUAUUAGAUCUAUUUACUUGGUGUUUUGUCUUUAAAAAAAAUUUCUUAUAUUUAACUAGAAAUUUUUAUGGACUUUUGAGUUUACAAACAAUAUAAACAUUUAAACAAAUUUUAAUUAUCAAUCGCUGUGUUUUUUCUAUUUAAUUUUUUUUUUUAGCACAGACACUUUUACAUUUAUUAGUUUUAUUCAAUAUAUUUUUUUUAUCUCUAUUAACAUACUUAAUUUGAGUUUCAGAAAUUAAAAUUAAUUAAAAAAAUAAAUCGGCAUGAAGGAUAAUUUACAUAAAUAUAAUAUGCUGUUAUAACAUAAGGAACUUGCAGCAUAAUCAUCGUAUAAAUCCACUAACUUUAUUUCAAUAUAAACUAAGAAAAAUACAAUAUCGAUAUUUACAUAAUUUGUAUUCAAAAAUUAUUAUAUAAUUGCUGCAAAAAAAAAGUAGGUACACAUUAUUUUUAUUAAUAAAAAUCAUACAGUAAAUUUCAAGCUACUAAAAAUUGUAGCAAGAUAUUCACUGUACUAAUGAUAAUACAUAUUAUGGGCUAUUAUAAGUUACAUAUAUUUGGUGUUUCGGCGCCUAGUUUCAAUAAUGUAAUAAACAAUUACCAAUAACUAAUAGGGGAGAUGAGAAUUGAUGACGAAAAUACCUUCAUGCUUUUAGUUUUUAUGACAAAUAUAAAAUAUCUUAGUUAUUUUACUACUUACAGACAAAACACAUAGCUAAUAGUUCAAAUAAUUGAUGAGACAAUGGGUGUGGAUUUUGUUGAAACUUGCAGUAGUUGAGAUAAUAUUUAGACAAAUUUUGGUUUUCUCUUCAAGCUAAACCUGAAAAAUUACUGUACUGGUGUUAAGUUUUCCAUAAAUAGCAAAAGUAGGUACACGCUUGUCUUGUCACUGAAUACGAGUUUCUCAAAAAAUAUUCUCUGAAGGAUUUUCACUACUUGUAGCAAUGACAAUUUUAUAAAUCUUCUUUUUGCAACUGACACCUCCAACAUAUACAUACAUACAAGUUAUUUUUCAAUAUUUUCCACCUUAUAGCUAUCAUAUUCAUCGUAAAGUUACUUUACUCUUAGCUGUAGUGUACUUUGGAUUAUUGAGAAUACCUACAUAUUUCAAUAUUGACAGGUGUUGUUUUGUCAAUUAAAUUCAUCCUUAAUUAAUUUCAACAAACUUCCAACCCAUCGACUCCCAUUUUAUUGUAAUUCAAUCAAUCAAUCAAUUACACAAAAAGAAAUAAUUUCAGUCAUUUUAUAAUAAUAAUCAUAAUAAUAAUAAUAAUUUUUUAUUAAUAUUAAUAUAAAUAACAACACAUCGGACAGAGUCUUCCGUUUAUUUAUUUAAUUUCAUUUUUAAGUACACGAAACACUACUUUAAGCAAAGUUCUCUUAACACGGCAGUAGAAUUUGUUUCCGUAUUAUUUAUUAAUAAUAAUUUGAAUGUCUUUUUAUUUUAAACUUACGCGCACUUAGGAAGAUUUAUCCAUUCGUUGUCGAAAUAAAAUAUUUUAUAUUAUUUAUUAAAGCACCCCCCCAAAUUUUGCUAUGCGCUGGUUGGCAGUAAUAUGAAUAAUCAAAGUAAUGAAAUAAAUAUUCCUAUUUUCUACCCACCAACUCAAAACGGUCGACAAAUACAGGGGCAUGUUAUAUUGUGCGGAUAAGUGCAAUUCUAUCUAUUAUUGCAUUUUUCGAGUGAAUUUUAAACGUAAAAAAUUAUAUCUUGUUUUAUAUAUGUACCUCGAUUUAAAAAACAUUUUUCUUAUUUUCCGUAAAGUUUAGCAUCACUGUUUAUCGGUUAACAAAACACUAUAGGAUUUGUAGCACUGGUGCUUUUAAGAGUUUAUUUUUUUUAGUCUCCCGCUGUCACUAGUUAAGUUCUAUUUUAUUAUAAAAUUACGGUUAGCGUAUAUAAAAGUUGUUUAAAUGGUGUCUGUAUAAAUCUUAGGUUAAAGUUUGUUGAUAAUCGACAGUAAAGUACAGGGUAUUUUUUUGAUUGUCCUACUAUUGGAUAAUUUUUGUUGUGCUGAAAAUUAUAAAAGAAUUUUCAAAUUUUUUAAAUGUAGAUAUAACUAUUGUCCAAGAAACAAAACAUUUUCAAACACCCUGUAUUUUUUGGUACUGUCGUUUAUACCUACUGUCCUCUGUUGAUUGCCUCAAUAUUUUGAUAUUACUGGCAUAUUUUGCUAUAUAGGUAAGUAUAUUGCGAGGAAGGAUAAUUAUUAUCAAAGACCACCCAAACAGGCAACAGUUGUUUAUACAUCUCUCUCAAAAACUUAGUUUUUCAAACAAACAACAUGCAGCAAUAUCAAUUUAUAGAGCACAAUAUUAUCCGAAAAUGCCCGAACCGAGGUUAUUCAAUAUAUGUAUAUUUAUUUUUUUAACAACGACAACUACCCUUUUUAAAACACUGCUCUCCGCACACUCGUACUCUUUCGAUCAAACCAUUCGGUCGUGUUCGGCAAAUGGAAGUAAGGUCUGGUAGCCUCGGAUAGGCACCUGAAGAGCCAACGUUUCGCCGUCGACGGCAACAGCCGUCAUCAGACACUGUCGACUGAGGCGAAACGUUCGCCGAGCUCGUCGCAGAAAUGGGGCACCUGUUGUCUGGAAGUUCCUGGAAUGGCUACC